AUGUAAUGGUGGAGUAAGCUGGAACAGAAAAUUCGCACGAAGAUUAUAAAACUUAAACUUAGGAUUUUAACCUUAUCACUGUGUAGGCAGCUAAUUAUUUGUUCAGGAUUAAGCUCUGAAAAUCAGGAGCUUUGUUUUGAAAUCUGUAUCAAAUAAGGAAGUUCAGAGCAUGUGUUGCCAAGAGAUAAAGUUUAUUUACUUGGAAAAUUAUGCCAUUGUUUGGAAAGUCACAGAAAAGUCCAGUGGAACUGGUGAAAGUGCUUAGAGAAGCUGUUUUAGCCUUGGAAAGAGGAGACAAAAAAGUAGAAAAGGCCCAAGAAGACGUGUCAAAAAAUUUAAUGCUAAUGAAGAACAUGUUGUAUGGAACUAGUGACCAAGAGCCUCAAACAGAUAUAGUACUUACACAGCUUGCUCAUGAAUUAUAUAAUUCUAAUCUUCUGUUGUCACUCAUUCAAAACCUAUCAAAGAUAGAUUUUGAGGGAAAGAAAGAUGUUGCACAAAUAUUUAACAACAUCCUCAGAAGACAGAUUGGAACACGAUCACCCACAGUGGAAUAUAUUUGUACUAAACCAGAGAUACUUUUUACGUUAAUUAAGGGAUAUGAAAAACAGGAUAUUGCUCUGAAUUGUGGAACAAUGCUUAGGGAAUGUGCCAGAUAUGAAGCUCUUGCUAAGAUUGUAUUGCAUUCGGAUGAGUUUUAUAAUUUCUUCAAAUUUGUGGAAGUGUCAACUUUUGAUAUUGCUUCAGAUGCAUUUUCUACUUUUAAGGAACUACUUACAAGACACAAAGGACUAUGUGCUGAAUUUCUGGAAAACAAUUAUGACAAAGUAUUUAGCCAUUACCAGAACCUAUUGAACUCUGAAAAUUAUGUAACUCGAAGGCAGUCCCUAAAGCUACUUGGAGAACUUCUACUUGAUCGCCAUAACUUCACUAUAAUGACACGGUAUAUAAGUAAUCCUGAGAAUUUAAAACUUAUGAUGAAUAUGCUAAAGGAGAAAAGUAGAAAUAUCCAGUUUGAGGCUUUUCAUGUUUUCAAGGUGUUUGUGGCCAACCCCAACAAACCCAAAGCAAUUCUUGACAUACUUCUUCGAAAUAAAGAAAAGUUGGUAGACUUCCUCACUAACUUCCACACUGAUCGCUCAGAUGAUGAGCAAUUCAAUGACGAGAAGGCCUAUCUGAUAAAACAGAUUAGAGAGUUAAAACCUCAGGAGGAUCACUAGUAUUUAAAUGUUGUAUAAUUAUGCUUCAUCCUCUCAUUCCAAAAUGUUUUAUUUUUUUGUUAUCCACUUUACUGAGAGGUUGUUAAAUGUUAGUAGCUUUUCAGAGUUCUGCUGUACAGACGUUCAUAUAGUAAUUGAAAAAACAAAACAAUAAAUAGAAAGUUUGAGAUACAGUAGAUUUUCAAAGCUUUUUUAUUUUAUUUAGAAACUACAGUGUAAUUGUACUGUAAAUAAUUUUGUACUGCAUAUUACAAGUUUAUGAAUGGCAUUGAUUGUAUGUAAGGAGAUAUAUAUAAGAAUGUAUGUGAGAGUUGGAAUACGUAAAACAUGCUAUAGAAGUUAUUUAAAAAAAACUCUUUUUGCUGAAUAUUUAAAUUAAUUAAGUUGACUAAAAUAUAAGAACAUGAUAAUCAUAUAUGUUACAUAAGAUUUUUCUUUAAUUAGUUUCAUUGGUACUUGCUUAUUUAUAUUACCAUGAAAUGCUUGUGUUUACAACAUAAAUUAAAACAUCCCAGUGGUGGUAGUUAAACUUUGAAUGGAGAAUAUUUGUAAAAUAAAUUUUUUUAGUUGGUACUGUUUGAGAUCUUAUUAAGGAUCCUCUAAUUUUAGUUAUUGGUACCAAGAAGUUUACUAUUAUUUAGGUUUCGCUAAAAUACUUGUGCCUAGUAUAUUAAUGUGAGAUGUGAGUUGUAUUCUAAUGUGUUAUUUUUUCAUGA